AUGAAAGGUGUCGUCAAAUAUCAGCGCGGUGACGGAUUCACCGAACUCCGUGAUGUUGAUGUUCGGAAGCCUAACGCCAACGAAGUUCUCAUCGAGGUGCACAGUGCGGGGAUCUGUGGGUCUGAUCUGCACAUCCAUCACGAUCACAUCAACCUCCCGAUGCGUCCGCCGGUUGUCAUCGGUCACGAAUUCAGCGGUACGAUUAUCGAGUGUGGCUCGGAAAUUAGCCGCGUCAUAGUCGGAGAUCGUGUGACCGUUGAGCCCACUUUUUCGAUCUGUGGACGGUGCGACUAUUGCCGUUCAGGAUUUUAUAAUCUGUGCAAUCACCGGGAGAUUAUCGGCUACUGGCAUAAUGGGGCGUUCGCAAAAUAUUGCACCACUCCCGAACACGGCUUACACAAGCUGCCCGACAACGUAGACUUGACCUCCGGAUCAUUGACAGAACCGGUCGCUUGCUGCGUUCAUGGUGUAAUCGAGCAGACGAAGGUCUCUGCCGGCGACUUUGUCGCGAUCACUGGACCAGGGACUAUUGGACUGCUCAGUUUGCAAAUGGCGAAGGCUGAAGGGGGGAUUGUCGCUGUGUGCGGCACCUCCGUUGAUGCAAAUCGGCUCAAACGUGCGGCUGAACUCGGUGCAGACCUAACGAUAGACGUUGAAAAGGAAGAUACGGUGGAAAUCAUCAAGGCACAUACCGGCGGCUACGGUGCCGAUGUUGUCUUGGAAUGCUCAGGGGCAGCACCGGCAGCACCGCUAGGCAUCGAACUGACUCGCAAGCGUGGGAAGUACACGCAGAUGGGUUUGUUCGGCAAUCCGAUCAACAUCGAUUUUGAACAGAUUGCCUUUAAGGAACUUCAGGUGACAGGAUUCAUCUCGCAGAAAAAAACCGCAUGGGAGCGUGCACUCAAACUGAUGGAACAUGGCAUGGUUUCUACGAAGGCGUUAAUCACCCAUGAAAUGCACAUCUCCGAGUGGCAGGAGGCAUUCGAUCUCUUUGAGAAGCGGGAGGGAGUAAAGUUGAUGUUGCGUCCUGAAUAA